AUAAAAACAUAAUAAACAAGUCAUUUGCUUGUACAGUGAAAUGAUUCGCUUUAACGAAUCAUAAUAAAUUAAAAUUAAGAGAAUAAAAAUCACAAAUAAGGUUCCUUAGGUAACCAAAAAACUUGGUGAAAAAAACAUUCAUAUAAUGGGGAAACAUUCUUUCGUUGUACUUUUUACCAUUGCCAUCGUCGUCACUUUGGCACACGCUGCACGCGUUGAGCUUAAUAGUGAACUCAAGGCGACAAUUUGGGGAUCAAAUUCAUCAAGGAGGGCCUUAACAGCAUGCGAAGCAAAUAAUGUAAUAGACAAGUGUUGGAGGUGCAAACCCGACUGGGAACAAAACCGACAAGCAUUGGCUGACUGCGCACAAGGUUUCGCAAAAGGCACCACUGGUGGCAAAGGCGGGGAGAUAUACAAGGUGACUAAUCCAACGGAUGAUGAUCCUGCGAAUCCAAAGGAAGGGACGCUCCGAUUUGGUGUUAUCCAGAAUAGGCCUUUGUGGAUCAUUUUUGAAAAAGAUAUGGUCAUCACGUUGAAAUGUGAGAUGGUGGUAACUAGCGACAAAACUAUUGAUGGCAGAGGUGCAAAAGUUGAGAUCACUGGAGCUGGUGUCACCCUUUAUGAAGUUAAAAAUGUUAUCAUUCAUGGGAUUUGUAUCCAUGAUGUUAAAGCAACCUCUGGUGGUAUGAUUAAGAGUUCAGAAGGUCCACCAAAAAUGAGACAUAAGACCGACGGUGAUGCUAUUUGUGUUUCUGGUUCGUCCAAGAUAUGGAUCGAUCAUUGUGAACUCAGUAAGGGUGCAGACGGGCUCAUUGAUGUCACCUUAGGUAGCACAUGCGUAACCAUUUCUAACUGCAAGUUCAGCCAUCACCAUAAGGUUAUAUUGCUCGGCGCAGAUGAUGCACAUCAUCAUGAUAAAAAUAUGGUAGCAACUGUUGCAUUUAAUUGGUUUGCUGAAGGAUGUGAUCAAAGGAUGCCUAGAUGUCGAUUUGGGUUUUUCCAAGUCGUUAACAAUAAUUACGAUGGAUGGGGAACAUACGCCGUUGGUGGUAGCGCGGCCCCAACUAUCCUCAGUCAAGGUAACCGAUACAAGGCCCCCGAUGAUCGAGCCAAGAAAAAUGUGUUGGUAAGAGCUGAUGCACCAGAGUCAGAGUCUAUGAAAUGGAAUUGGAGAACAGAGAAGGAUGUUCUUGAGAAUGGAGCUAUAUUUACACCAUCUGGGUCUGAUCCAGUAAUGACCCCUGAACAAAAGGAUGGCUUGAUUCCAGCUGAGCCAGGAGAGUCUGCUCCAAAACUCACUAGUUGUGCCGGUCCACUCUUAUGUACGCCUGGAUCACCUUGUUAAUCGAAUUAACCACCCCAUUUCUUUGCAUAUUAAAUUUUGGAUUUUGUUUGCAAAGAAGAAAAUCUCAUUUUUAACAUUUAUAUAUAUAUGUAUUAAGAAAAUGGAAAAUGAGCCAUUUUAUCAUAUUGGCAUGUAUGAUUCGAAUAUGACAAUAUAUAGA